AUUUACUGAUUUUCUUCAUGUAUAUUAUAUAAAAUAUUGUUUUAAAAAAUGCUUAAUAUUAAUUACUUAUGGAUAUACAUAGUAAUUUGGUUUUGUAUUAGCUACAGAUGGCGAAAAUAUCGAAAACAUCAUAACCUCACAAUAUGUUUAUUUAUGUUUGAUUUGUAUUUCGUUUGUUAAUUAUGUAUAAAUGUUAUAAAGUGAAAUAAUUAAUUGUCUUACAAUAUGAGCUACAUUGUAGUAAUACGAAGUUAUAAGCCGGGUGAUGAAAUUAAUUGUAAAGAGUUAGUGAAAGCAGGCAUAAUGUCUUCUUUAAAUUCAACGUUUUUUGGCAUUGUAUUUAAAGAAUUGACUUUUCAAUUAAUGAUAUUGUUUGCCGCUAUAAUGUUUAUUUUUUUUGGAUUGCCUUUAACUGUUUGUGUUUUAGUUAUUCCCCUUGUCAUUUUUUUGGUAUAUGUUGGAACUUAUAUAGCUUUCACUGCGAAAACUAUGGAAGUAAGUGAAGAAGUUUCUAAUAUACCAAGGAUUUACAUGUCUAAUGCCUUUUCAUGCUUUUGGGUUGCUGAAGCAUUUGAAUCUUAUCUAAUGACACGUGAUCCAAAGAAUGUACAAUAUAACCUAAUGACAGAACAACAGUUCCGUAAUUCAAACAUUGAUAUUUCAUCUCAGGUUAAGAAAAUUGUAGGAACUGUUGCCUUGUGUAAAAGCCAUAGAUUAGAUAAAGGCGCAUGGAUCAAAAGGCUAUAUGUACAUGAGCAAUAUAGAAGAAAAGGAAUAGCUUCAUGUCUUGUAAAUGUUGCUGUGCAAUUUGCUAUUGAUGAAGGUUAUAGCUGUGCUAAUCUUGUUGGCUCAGAAUAUACAGAAGCUGGGAGAGAACUGUGUCUUAAGAAAGGUUUUGAAUUGCAACAAAUGUAUCAUAAACCUAUUUUGGGCUCGCUUAUAACUGUGUUGAUGUAUGAAUUGACAUAUCAGAUUAAGCCUGGUGAAGAUGAUUAUGUGCCUCCAGUUUACAGUAGAUCAAUGCUUAAUAAAUAAGCAUCAAAUCUAAUAUCCUUUUAAAUAUUGAAUCAAAUUCUGAUUUUAUAAGUCUGACAAUGAAUAUAAAAUUUCCCAAGUAUAUCUAAUGAUUGCAUUUAUAGUUUAUUCUAUUAAAAUAUUUACAUUGUAAAGUUAGAUACUGAAAAUAUAAUUUUAGUAAAAAAUGCAUUAUAUACAUUGGCAUUUAACGUGUUACUGAAUAUGAUAUUAACAGUGUAAUAACGUUAUAUGUAAAAAAAUAUAUUUUUCUCACUUUUU